CACAAUGCGCCAAGCGUAUCACCGCUAAGCCUAUAGCACGUUACUGCAACCAAUGGCUUUGAAUCUGUCCGGCUAUGCAGUCGACUUCAAAGCCGUUCAGGAAGCUGUUACUCGCCUUUCGCCUUUUAUACACCGUACUCCUAUUGUGACGAGCGGAACUGCGGAUGAAAGAGUGGGAAGGAGGCUGUUCUUCAAAGCAGAGAAUCUUCAGCAAACUGGAGCCUUCAAGAUACGGGGAGCACUGAAUGCGGUUCUGCAGUUGAAGGAAUCAAAUCCUGCUGUCAAAGGAGUGGCCACUCACAGUGCUGGUAACCAUGGGCAAGCACUCGCUGCUGCUGCCAGAAACUGUCAGUUAUCAUGCACAGUUGUCAUUCCAAAUACUGCACCACAGGUUAAAGUCAAUGCUAUAAAAGGAUAUGGAGCAAAUGUUGUGUUCUGCGAGCCAACACCUCAGGAUAGGAAAGCAACCAGUGAACGUGUUUGUAAGGAGGCCGGUCUCACAUUUGUUUCUCCAUAUGAUGAUGUUCAUGUUAUUUCCGGGCAAGGAACAUUAGGAUUAGAACUUCUUGAGCAGGUUUCAGACAUGGAUGCAAUUGUGGUACCAGUUAGUGGAGGUGGUUUAGCUGCUGGUGUUUGCCUUGCAGUCAAGAGCGUCAAACCUCAAAUCAAAAUUUUUGCAGCUGAACCAGCAGGAAAGGACCUUGAAGUUUCAUUGAGAGCUGGUGAGCGAUUGUGGCCUGAGCCACCUCGUCAUCUAGAGACUAUAGCUGAUGGUUUAAGGACGCAGCAGCUUGGUCAGAUAACUUGGCCUAUCGCUAGAGAUUGCCUAGAAAAGACAGUACUUACUAUGUCGGAUGACGAAACAGUUGCUGCAAUGAAGUUUGUGUUUGAACGAAUGAAGCUGGUUGUUGAGCCGAGUGGCGCCGUUCCUGUAGCAGCUGUGAUGUCAGAUCGAUUUCGUCUGCUUGGCAGCGAUAUCAAAAAAGUUAGUGUCAUCAUGAGUGGAGGAAACGUGAACCUUGACAAACUUCCAUGGUGUUAAAGCACUUGACAUGCUAAAAACGCCUCAAAUUCUUUGGCCAGUCGUUUAGUAUUUUUGUAAUGUGCUCGUUUGCCUUAUUGAAAGUAAUUCAAUCAAACAAAUAUAUAGAUUUGUCAGAACCCAGUAGGUCAACUGGGUUCACCAAACUGACCUACUUUGAUGAUUUGUUGCAAUUCAAGCUGUUUCCAUGCAAUGAGAUGUAGGAUAUCAUACCCCAAAAAUAGCACAUCAUGCCUUCUGGAAUAUCAUUCUAUUGCUGUUAGUGGAGAUGUAAUCCUGGCGUGUUAUGUAUCAUGUUGAUGACCUUCCCUCAAAAUGUUUAGUAAAGGUACACUCAAUUGUCUAC